GCUCCCUUAUUGCCCCGGGGAGCCCCGCUCCUUCCCGGGACGUGCUGGGGCACGCGGCCGGUCCCCAUCAGGGACGCCCAUUCCCACGGCUGCUGUCCCUGCACCAUGGCUCUGACCCCAGGGGAGCCGGCUGGGGCAGUGGUUUGCAUAUCUGGGCUGCCAGCGACUGCCACCCUGCCACCACCUUGUCCCCACUGCCGUGUCACCUCCUCUGGGGCUGUCCCCAGAUGCCCUGCGCCAGCCACCCUGCGCUGUGCAGUCUCAGUGCUCAGCCUCCCCUCUCCUCCUCCCCAGGCCACCACGAUCCCAGCAGCCACCAGAGGGUCCUCAUGAAAACGGGCCUCAUCCUCCUCAUCGUUGGGCACCUCAACUUCAUCACCGGAGCCCUCGUCCACGGCAUCGUGCUCCGCUUCGUGGUCAGCCUGCGGGACGCCAUCUCCCUGCAGUACGCCAUCUCCAACACCGCCUCGGCCAUCUCUGCUCUGCUGACGAUCUCCUGUGGCUUAGCUGCCCUCAUGCUGUCCCGCUACUUCGCCCCUGCAGCCCUCAAAUGGGCAGUUCUGGCCCUGAGCGCCAGCAGCAGCCUGGGCUCGCUGUCCUGCCUGCCAGGGCUGGCCGUCGCCAUCGGGCUCACGCUGGGCAGCCGGGGCCGGGUGCUGCUGGCGCCCUGCGCCCUCACCGAUGCUGCCCUCGCCCCGCUCGCCCGGCAGUGCCCCUUCGAUCCCACCCGCGUCUACAGCUCCACACUGUCCCUCUGGUUCAUCUCCCUCAUGCUGGGCUCACUGGAGAUCGUCUUCAGCAUCCGCUGCCUCCUGCUCACCAUCGAGCUCCUCCGCCUCAGCUGCUGCUGCCGCAGGGUGCGCCGGCAGAAGGUCUCCUUGCAGACUGCCCCUGCGGACAGCCCCGACCCUGGGCUGUGCCUGGGCUUGCUGAGCCUGGACAGCAUGGAAACUGCCCAGCUGUGAGCAGGGUAUGGGAAGCAGCCCUGUCCCAGCACCCACCCCACAGCAGAGCCCAGCUCUGGGGCAGACACAGGACCUUGGAUGCUGCUCAUUGCUGGCUGGGACACGAGUCCAUCCCCGCCGUGUUGGGCUGC